AUGGGCAAACGCAAGAAAUCGUCUCGUAAACCAACAGGCCCCCGAAAAAGGGAGCCUCUCGAGUCCACCUUCACAUGUCUCUUCUGUCACCAUGACAAAUCGGUCACUGUGAGACUCGACAGAAAGGAGGGUAUUGCAGAGCUCUUCUGCAAAGUUUGCAACCAACGUUACCAGAGCAAAGUUAACCACUUAACGGAACCCAUCGACAUCUACUCCGAGUGGAUUGAUGCUGCUGACGCCGCAGAAAAGGAAGCCGACGAUGCUCGUCCCGCUCCGAUUGCGAAGAAGAAGCGUGCACCAGUUGUGUCCAGCGAUAACGAGUAG